AUGGCAACAGAAAAAAACCCCGAGAAUCGGAAUCCGAAUCAUUGGGUCAGCCGAGUGCCUUCUCUCCUGCCGCUUUACAAAAAUAUCGUUGUGGACGAGAAGAUGAAAAGAACGAAUUGGAAUCGGCUAUUACGGAAGCAUCCAAAGCUCAACAUCAUUAGACUAAUUUUUAAAAACGUAAUUAUCUAGUCGGAAAUGCAUCGAAACAGCAAUACAAUUUUUAGAAGCGCAGAAAAGAACUAACCUACCGUCACAUGGCCGCUUUCCUGGUCUCAACCACAUUUUUCGCGGAUAUUCUUGGCACAAGCGUUAUGGAGCACGUUAACGAGCUUGCAAAGUGUUUGAUGAGUUCGAGAAAGAUUUACGAGUUGAGACAAUUGAAGCCGAGAGGAAAACUGGAGACUUUGAAGUGAGAACCCCCUCCCGAUUUGUGCCACACUCUGAUUUUCUCUAGAGACUGCUCCGUUUCGGAGGAGGAACUCACCCGACUAAUCAUAAAAAUUCACGAAAUCUUCCGUCUGGAAUCUCACAUAGGACCGUCGAAUUGCGCACUGAUCGCCGAGUGGGCGCUGGAAGUGGUGUUCUGCCGGUCACUGAAAGGAAAAAUGCAAUUUAAAUAUUCGGAGUGUGAGCCUUUUCUAUAUUUUCAAAAAUCAUAAGUAGUUUAGCCAAAAUCAGUCGUGCAUUUCGGAAUAAAAAAGUGCUGGGCAACGGAACGGCCGGCUCUAAACGACACAUUCAGGCGAUGGUCGUGAAUAAUCUGGUGGCGGCUCUCUGCUGGUGGACUCUCGCCGCUCUCCGACAGUGCAUAAUCACAAUUCCAGUAGUUAGAAACACUGAAAUAUACUGGAGACACAAUUAUUUGACAAUGCUGACAAAAGAAAUGAAAGAGUUCCGAUUGAGAUACGGAGUUAGACGGCUGACAGUAAGCGAUAGAAAAUGUCCUAAUCCAAUAAAUACUUUCAUUUUCAGAACAUGGAAAAGCAAGCAGGUUCUCAUUUAAUCGGAAGUCUCAAGUUCGGAGUAAUUCGUCAUAAACUUCGUCCGGUAUUCCCACGAAAAGGAGCGAAAGGGCGACAGAAGUUCGAUAUGUUUAUUCAUUAUAAACAUGUAAACGCGAUGAUCAAAUGGAUCACGGAGCAAAACGGAAGCUGUACUCAGAGUGAGCAAAGAAAAGACUCGGAAUAUUCCAUUUAAUCAAUAGCUGUUUGCAGCAAUCCACGAAUCACUGAAAAAGAUCUACAACUUCCUUCUGGAAAACAAGAACAAGAAAGUGUACCUGUUCACUGCAGACAUCACUAAAUGCUUCUCGGCACUCAAUCAUCAGAUUCUGAGCAGCAGCAUUGAGAAUUUGUUGGCUCGCACCCACGACAUCCAUUCGGUUCAUGGUUUCGGUCGCGGCGAGCGGAAACGCUUCCACUUUUUUUGUUGUGCUUCGAAAACUGCAAACGAUGCGAAACGGCAGUUGCAGGAGAAGAUGGACAAGAAGAAAGUAAUGAUCUUCGAUGCGAAACCUGUGAAAGUACGUUUUGGACGGCAACUAUUCAAAUAAAAAUGACUUCUUUUUCAGAGAUGCUCAACCGAACAUCUCCUCGAAGAACUCCGCUCAACGGUCUUCUCGUACUAUUUCAAACGCGGAAAAACAUUUUUCAAAGUGACACGAGGAGUUCCUCAAGGGCACCCGCUCUCAUCCAACCUGGCACACAUCUAUUUGACUGAAUUCGAAAAGGAAUACUGGCGACGAGAAAGAAGAGACAAGCGACUGGUGUACUGUAGAUAUGAGGACGACUACUUGUUUUGCACAACCGAGCCGCGGCUUGUUCAGAAGGUUUUGGGCGGAGAGAGAUGAACGAAAUGAGUAUUAGACUUCAGAUGCUAGAGCCACUUUACGUGGGAGGCAAUCCGUACAAUUUGACUGUGAACAAGGAAAAAAGUCAGCGAGCGGAAGGCGACGAAAAAUUAGUGUGGUGCGGAGUGAGAAUCGACCUGAAGAACACACAGUUCGCGACGAAGCGGCGAUAUAACGGAGAGAUGAAGACGUUUAUCAUGAAGAAGAGUCAAUUAUUGUAAUGAAUUUGAAAAAUGAAUAACUUCCGCUUCCGGCUUGAUUCUCACUUAUUUCAGAUGAAUGAUCACUUCAGAACCGAACGGUUCGUUUUUUGAACCCUUUGAAUCAUAUCAGCAAUAUCACAGACACGACAUGUUUUCCAUUGUCGUGCUGAUUUCAAUGGAAACAUGGUUUCUUGAACUUUCCGUUCCCUCUCGCGCAAUUGGACUCGCUGCUCUUUUCGCGUAUUCUCUUCUCAUUAGCAGUGGUCGUCACGAGUUGCUGACCAAGAACGAUCCGAUUCACAACAGAUUCGCCCCUUCCUUCCUUUUCAUUUUCAUUUCUUUUCUUGCUCCUUUUGCUCUUCCCCUUCUACUUAUUCUACUUCUUCAAUUUCUGCUCACGACACCGAUCAAACUCUACUUUCCCCCUUUUUCGCUUUCGCAAUGUGUUUUGGUGUGUCGGGACGAGGAGAGCUUCUUGCUCCAAUUUAUUUAUAAAACUCUUUUCUUUUUACGAAUGUUUCAGAAGUGCUCAGAUUACGCACUUUCCUCGCCAGCGACACGCUCGUUUGGAGGAAGUGAAACAUCGGAAUGAUCGCCAAGAAAAUGAUGUUGCGGAAGGGUUGGGUUGAUCGGCGAAAAGGCUCAAAUUGGGGGUUGGAGUCGAAGGUUGACGUGAUGAAUCUGUAUUGGGAAGUGAAAGAGAAAGAGCAAGAUGAUGUGGUGAUUACAUCUUUGAAGAUCUUCGGAAUAUAUAAAAGACGUUCGAAUUCGAAUAAUUUCAUUCCACCUUUAUCUUUUCUUCAGUUUGAAAUACCUUUCACUAAAAUAUAGUGAUGAGAGAUUACAUUAUUCACAAAAACCACUUUUAGGCCUCGAAGUAGCAUUCAUCGACCUAUUCUCUCUGAUUAUCGUUUGAAAACUGGAUCAUAACUUGAGAACCACGGGUUUUCUGAUAAAGUGUCCAUUUACCAAGAUGUUCAGCACAAAAUUUGCUUCAAGUUUUCUAUUGGCCACUUUUUCCAAUAAUCCUUGGAUCUCGAGAUAUAGGUGUUCAAAGACGGAGGAUUUUGGAGUUGUGCGAUGAAAAGUAGAAUACGUCUCAAGAAGUAAACCUUAAAUCAACCUAGAUAUGUAAGAAUCUGAAGUCACAUUGAAUUUUCAAAGUGAGACAUCAGGCAACAUUUGUCACAUUGUGAUGACGCCAAGAAAUGCAGAAAAACUUCCUUACCGAAAGAGCCUAAUGAGCAAUAUGAGCGAAUAGUUUGUUCGAACUUUCAAUAUCACACUUUUGCAGUGUCCGUUUAGAAAGCAAUGCCUUGCUUUGGAAAACUAUUUUCGUUAAACUCGAACGAUGGAUUCUAAGAUCAACUAGAGGGGAACGUGCUGUGAACGAACGGCGGACACAGACUUUUUGUAACUGCCCUAUCUCUCGUGGAUCACACUCCGUUUCAUUUCUCUUUUUGGGUUCGCAUGGCUUUUCUCGAGAACGAUCUCACGAAAAUCUAUCGGCGCAAUCUACAUCCACUCCUCCUCUUUUCUCAUUUUGAAAGUGUGUGUGUUUUUUUUGGUCGAAUCCAGGAGUAUUCUCCGAAAUAUUUCACUUCUUCUUCAUUCGACGUCAAUUUGAUCCCGAAUGAACUUGGAGGUCUGAAAUCGGAAACUUCCGUCCGGAAACUAUCUCCAGAGUGACAUCACUUCCAGAAGAUAACGGCAACCCCAGGGGCUCUAAAUCGAGAUCAAGUCACACAUAAACUCACUUCUCACUGUUUGCUCCCUUCCUAUCACCUCACUUUUUCGGUUUUCUCGGUUUCAACCCACUUAUUUGUUUGUCCUCCCCCCCCCUUGCUCCGAUGACUUUUUGUGCGAAAAGGUGCUACUGAUAACAUCAUUACGAGUAGUCGCAUCAUUAUCAGCUUCUUCCCAAAAAUGUCUUCGUUGUUUGGCCUCGAGUACCUGAAUAUGUCAUCAGAAUAGACCACCACGGCGUCAGAAAAGGAAGUUUGACGUCAGCUCGCUUCUUCUUCUUCUUCUUCUUCUUCCCCUUCCCCUUCUUCCUUCCAUUUUCUUUCGCCAUUACGAAAGAUGCUCUCUCCAAAAAGUGGGCGGAGCCUAGCCUACGGUACUCUUCUUUUCGAACUACUACUUCUUCCCCCCCGACACUUCUUUAUAUAAAACCCUGAAAGAGAGCAGUGCACUUUCCAGAAGAAGUAAUGCUGCUCCUUCGCACAUUACUCCUCAGUACGAUAUCAUUGACCCUCUCCACCGACGUUCCCCAGUACGGUCCCUUGAGUGCUCAUUUCGACACGUGGCUCGACAGGAACGGAUACGGAAAGUACGAUUACUCCCGGCUGGACCUUGGAACGGCCGGAAGCUUCGGAGGAAUGUCGGCCAAGGGGCUCGAGUUUGUGAGUUUUUACUUUUCUUAUUUCAGAUGGAGGGUUGCAAAGAGCUACGGUAGCAUGUAUCUCAUUUGAAUCCGAUGUUUGUUGCUUCCUCCGACUAAUUAUGUUUCUGCACCACAAACCUCGAAGAUCUUAAAAUAGUUUAGUGCCUUAUCAAAUGUUAAUCCAAGUUCCAAGCACGUCAAGAAUCUUACUCAUUCGUUGUAGUUUGACACGACAAAAGACCCGGUAAUCUUCUUCCACGGCAACUCGGACGCCGCCCUCACUGCCAACAACUUCUCGACCGGAUGGACGACGACUGUUCAGGUACAUUGACCUUUUUAUCACUUGCUCUUCUAAGUCUUGCUCGUUUUCAGUACUUUCUCGGCCAGGGAUACACGCUUGCCCAUUUGUACGGCACUUCCUGGGGCGACACCAACACGACUGCGGCCGUCGAACGGUAGGGCGCUUCUCGUUGCUUCUUUGAAUUUUUAGUGGCGCUGAUUUGUUAUCAGUUCGUAUUCACAUUGCCAUCACUGAUAGGAAACAAUGCAACCCGUAGAAAGGGGUGUCAAAAGCCGGUGACGCAGAUUGUGUCCGCCGGAAUUCCAGGCAUCUGGAAGAGGGAAAAGAAGACGAUUAGUCUGGAAGUUUGGCGUUGCAGAGAUCACGACUGCGUCACUGUGUACCGAUUGCGAAAGUUCGUGGAAGCAGUGAUGGAGUACACCGGAGCCAAGCAAGUGAACAUCAUCUCGCACUCGAUGGGAGUCACUCUAGCCAGGAAAGUCAUUCUUGGCGGCUACAUUACUGCCGAUGAUGGUGAGAAAGUGGAGAGAAGGGACUGGAAGCUUAUAGAGUUAUCACAGGGACCUGCAACAUUGGAAAGCCGUUGGCGAGCAAAGUGAGAGUGAUUCUCGGCAUUGCCGGAGCCAACUUCGGACUGUGUGCAUGCGUCGGACACUGGCUCGGAGUCACUUGGCCGACGUGCAAUGACGAUGUGAGUGAUGUUACCAAUUUGAACUCUGACUUGACGAUCAUCUCAUGUUUCGCUCAUUAAUUUGACGAACUCCCAAUUCCUUAAAAUGUCACAUGAUCAGCCAGAAAUCACAUCUGAAUCGUUUUCGUUUUGCAGAACGGUUUGUGGCCGGGCGAGACGUGUUACCCAACCAGAAUGGACGGCCAAUGCGCCACGUUUCCGCUGCCUUCGCCGUGCAAUGGACUCACUUACUCCAAAUUUCUGAUGGACUUGAACACGGCGAGAAGCAAGCCAGCCCAGCACAUUUUCAGCAUGUGGAGCAUGGGUGAGUCCGUGCGCCCCUUUUAUGGUUUUAUUGACCGUCGUAUAAUCGACGGUCAAAGAUGGGAAACUAAUUGACGGAGGGUGCGAGAGAGAGAAAGAGAAGGGACUGAAAACAAAAGAACUAGAAUCUAUUCAGCCGACGAACUGAUUGAUCUGCGAAGAGCGACGAGUAAGUGAAAAAGAUAAAUGGGGUUGUUGCACGGGAAUGUUGUCUGACACUUGCACGGUUAUGUUCGGGGUUCACAUUGUGUUUUUCCUUUUCUCUGCACUUCACUUUCAUCAGAUUUGUUCUUCCAGAAGUUCGUUUCUCUUAAGACUCGGACAACAUUGGAUGCAACCUGAUCAAAGUCUCAAGUCAAACGAACUUUUCGAAGCUCUCACUUUCAUACCAAAAUAAACGUUCAUACUUUUCCAGGAGACGAUUUGAUCGGUGACGGAAACAUGGUUUGGGGACGGCCGACCAGCGAGAUACCGUAUUCGGAUGGCAAUAAAGUAAGUUGAUCCCGAACUCAAAAGGUUUCGAUCUUAAACGUGAACAGCUCGGAAAUCUGAACGGUUGGUGGUUGUUUGGCUCUUUUUUCUCUAAUUUCUUCAAGAAUCCGGAUAAUCGGAUAAUCUAUUUCAUUCGCACUUUUCAUCUGUCCAAAUCCAUAUAAGCAAAUGAUCUGAAGACCUCCAAGAAUCAUCGUGAUCGUAAUGCUUCCAGGUCUACGCGAACUACUCACACAUGGAAACGAAGCUGAACACGGCGGCGGAUCAGUUCCACAUCAUCACUCAACUCUCAAUUCCCUGA